AAUACCAAAUACAUCAUCGCUGAGCUCUGCCCGAUUCACUAGUCAAAACCACUGAGCGACUCUCUAUCCCUUAGAAAAGAGUCGCCGAUCCAAAACCUAAUCAAACCACAAUGGCGUUCGAGAAGAUCAAGGUCGCUAACCCCAUCGUCGAGAUGGACGGAGAUGAGAUGACUCGAAUUUUCUGGAAAUCAAUCAAGGAUAAGCUUAUUCUCCCCUUUUUGGAUUUGGACAUUAAGUACUUUGACCUUGGUCUUCCUCACCGUGACGCCACUGAUGAUAAAGUUACCGUUGAAAGUGCAGAGGCUACUCUUAAGUACAAUGUAGCAAUCAAAUGCGCGACUAUCACACCAGAUGAAGCUCGCAUGAAGGAGUUUACCUUGAAGCAAAUGUGGAGGAGUCCCAAUGGGACUAUUAGGAAUAUUUUGAAUGGUACUGUUUUCAGAGAACCGAUUCUUUGCAAGAACAUUCCUCGCCUAAUCCCAGGUUGGACGAAGCCAAUAUGCAUUGGAAGACAUGCUUUCGGUGAUCAAUAUCGAGCAACUGAUACAGUUAUCAAAGGACCUGGAAAACUGAAAUUGCUGUUUGUUCCAGAAGGAAAGGAUGAGAAGACUGAACUGGAAGUGUACAACUUUACAGGGGAAGGCGGAGUAGCAAUUGCCAUGUACAACACCGAUGAGUCAAUCCGUGCUUUUGCAGAAGCUUCUAUGAACACAGCUUAUGAGAAAAAGUGGCCUCUUUAUCUUAGCACAAAAAACACUAUUCUUAAGAAGUAUGAUGGAAGAUUCAAGGACAUAUUUCAAGAAGUUUAUGAAGCUCAUUGGAAAUCCAAGUAUGAAGCUGCUGGCAUAUGGUAUGAACAUCGUCUCAUUGAUGAUAUGGUGGCUUAUGCACUUAAAAGUGAAGGUGGUUAUGUUUGGGCAUGCAAGAAUUAUGAUGGAGAUGUGCAAAGUGAUUUCUUAGCUCAAGGUUUUGGAUCUCUUGGAUUGAUGACAUCAGUACUGGUGUGCCCAGAUGGAAAGACCAUAGAAGCUGAAGCUGCUCAUGGUACAGUUACUCGGCAUUAUAGAGUUCACCAGAAAGGUGGUGAAACCAGUACAAACAGCAUAGCUUCAAUUUUUGCUUGGACAAGAGGGCUUGCACACAGGGCAAAGUUGGAUGACAAUGCUAAAUUGUUGGAUUUCACUCAGAAGCUGGAAGAAGCUUGUAUUGGAACUGUGGAAUCUGGGAAAAUGACCAAGGAUCUUGCACUAAUUCUUCAUGGACCUAAGCUUGCUAGGAACCACUACUUGAACACGGAGGAGUUCAUUGAUGCCGUGGCUGCAGAACUGAAAGCAAAGCUUUCUUGAAAGCCUAGUUGGUCGGGCAACUGUGCCGUUUGUUCCUUUUCUCAUUCGGAAAGAAAUAAUGGAGAGGGUGGGUAGAAAUGGUGGCAGAAUAUUUUCCUUCUACUGUUAUGUUAGAGAUGUUGGCUCAUCCAAUUUCCAAGUGUAUUAGUUUCUUAUGUACUCUGGUUUCUGUACUUUUAUUGAGUUCCAUGUUCUUCCCUCUUCCUCA